AUGGGCUCAGCUGCGGCGCGGGCUCGGGGCCAGCGUUCCUCGGGUCCGGCCGUCGCCGGUGCCGCGGGGCUGUCGCGGAGCCCGGGACUGGCCCCCACAUCCCCGGGCGCGGCGCGGAGAGGUGCGGAGGACGCGGACCCUGAGAGAAGUGAGUUGCAGGCGCGGCGACCCAGUGGCGGGCCGGGCAGGCUCGGGGUGGGGUCGCGGGGCGCGCGCGGGGUGGCGGGGGGCGCGCCCAGCCCUCCCUUCCCCUCUCCAUCCCCGGCGCCCCCUUUCGUCCCCGGGGACUUACGGCGGCCGCGGGCCGCGGGCGCGGCGGAGCUCGGCCGGCGGCGGCGGCGGCGGCGGCGGCGGCGGCUAAGGGGAAGCCCCUGUCGCCGUGCUGAGGAAGAGAAGCCGUGGUGCUGUGGGGAGGGGACCCGGCUGGCGGAGGGCAGGCUUAGGCGGAGAGGGGAGGGCGAGCUGACAGACCCCGCCCCGGGGGCUGGACGAGGGAGGAGCCGGGGCUGCGGCGAGCUGAGGGGCGGGCUAGGCGACGCGCGGGAAGCGGCUCAGCAGUUGCCAGCGGCACCGGAGGCAGCGCAGGUUGUGACUAUUCUUGAAAGGAAUUUUACAAGCUGGAGUCCUAUGUGGCAACCAUCAAAGAUACCUGGACAGAAAGACCAUCAGCCAUCCAGUUAACAAUUCAUCAAUUGAUUUAAAUUAAAUAUUUCUAUGCCAUUUGUAGACAUAAACUAUACUGAAAUCCUCUGUAUUGCUUUUCUAUUAUGCGUAACAAAUUACUGUAAAACUUUGUGACUUAAAACAACAAACAUUUAUUAUCUCAUAAUUUCUGUGGAUUGAGAAUUUAGGAGCAUCUUAGCUGUGUAGUUCUGGCUCAGGGUCUCUCAUAGGAUUUCAGUCAAGAUGUCAAUUGGGGCCACAGUCAUCUGAGGGUUUGACCGUGGCUAGAAGAUUCACUUACAAGAUGGUUCACUCAUGUGGCUAUUGGCAGGAGGCCUCAGUUCCUCGCCACAUGGGCUUCUCAAAUUGUGGCUUGAGCGUCAUGACAGCUGGCUUUCCCCAGAAUGAGUGAUCCAAGAGAGAGAAGACAGAAGCCACAAUGUCUUUACAACUCAAGCUUUCAAUGUCGUACUCCAUCAUUUCUGCAGUAUCUUGUUGGCUGACAUGUCAGCCCUAUUCAGUGUU